AAUUUUAAACAUUAAGCUCACAUGCUUUAUUCAUUACUUGUAAUUGUUUAAAAAUUAAUAUAUAUAUAUAUAUAUAUAUCCAUAGAUAUAUUGUGAUGGAAGCUCUUGAUAUGAAAAUACUAUAUGGAAGUGAAACAGGAACUGCCCAAGAUAUUGCUGAAGGAAUUUGGAAGCUAGCUAAGAGGUGUGAAUUAAAAUGUUCAGUAAUGUCUAUGAAUGAUUAUAAUAUUGAAAAUAUUAUUAAAGAAAAAUUAAUAAUAUUUGUUGUUUCCACAACUGGUCAAGGAGAAUGUCCAUUAAAUAUGCGUAAAUUUUGGCGUUUUUUAUUGCAAAAAAAAUUACCUAAUAAUUUUAUUGAUAAUCUAAAAUAUGCAGUACUUGGAUUAGGUGACAGCUCAUAUGAAAAAUACAAUUAUGCUGCUAAAAAAUUAAAUAAAAGGCUAUCACAAUUAGGUGGUACAUCAUUAAUAUCAAUUGGCUUAGCUGACGAUCAACAUGAUUUAGGAAUUGAUGCUACUAUAGAUCCAUGGAUACAACAAUUAUGGAAUGAAAUAAAUAGAAUAUAUCAUAGUAUACCAUCAUUAAUAAAAUCAUUUAAUAUCUAUGAUAAUAACGAUAAAGAAAUAGAACAACGUUAUGAUAUAAGUAUAUUAAAUAAUAAUAAUAAAAAUAAUGAUUUAAAUAAAUUAGAUCGGUUAUCGAAUAUCAAUAUUAAUAAAAAUAUAUAUAUGAGAGAAUUAGAUAUUAAUGAUGAAUUGAAAAUUUGUAAAAUUAUUGGUAACACAAGAAUAACAGCUCACGAUCAUUAUCAAGAUGUAAGAUUAAUUAAAUUAUCAUUUGAUAAAUUAAUAAAUUAUGAACCAGGUGAUGUUAUUUAUUUAAGACCACAAAAUUCAUCUCAACAAGUUGAUAAUUUUUUUAAUUUACUAAAUAAAUAUAAUAUUCCACUUGAUAGAAAUACUAUUAUUAAAUUUAAAAAAAAAGAAAUAAAAUUACCAUACAUUUUACAAGAACCAGUGACGCUUGAACAACUUGCUAAACAAUAUUGGGAUUUAAAUUACAAACCAAGAAGAUCAACAAUUCAUUUACUAGCUUCUAUUAGUGAUAAUCAAUUAGAAAAAGAUAAAUUUAUUGAAUUUACAAAAUCUGCUGGACAAGAAGAUUUAUUUAAUUAUAUUAAUAGACCAAGAAGAAAUAUUAUUGAAGUAUUGAAUGAUUUUCCGCAUACAGCUAAAAAAUUGAAUGAAAAAAUAUUAUUUGAAAUAAUGUCACCAAUAAAACCACGUGUUUUUAGUAUUGCUUCAAGUAAUAAAUAUACACAAAAUCAAAUUGAAUUAUUGGUAGCUGUUGUUAAAUAUAAAACAAAACUUGUUGUACCACGUUUUGGUUUAUGUUCUAAUUGGUUAGCAUCAUUUAAAGUUUUAAAUGAUAGUAAGGAUGAUAAUAAUGAAGAAAAUAAAAUUUUAUGUUGGUUACAAAAAGGAAAUUUUAAAUUUGAUUAUGAUAAACCAAUGAUUUUAAUUGGUCCUGGUACUGGACUUGCCCCAUUUAGAUCAUUAUUACUUGAAAGAGCAUCAUUAAAACAUGAUUUAACUGAUACAGUUUUAUUUUUUGGAUGUAGAUAUAAAGAAAAAGAUUAUCAUUGUCGUGAUGAUAUUAAAAAAUUGAUUGAUAAUAACAAUUUAAAAGUUUUUUGUGCUUUUUCACGAGAUCAAGAAAACAAAGUGUACGUCCAACAUAUUAUACGUAAACAAGGAGAAUUGUGCUGGGAAUUAUUAUCUAAAGGUGGUAAAAUUUAUUUGUCAGGUAGUUCAAAAAAUAUGCCAAAAGAUGUGAGAGACGAAUUUGUUUAUUUAUCAAAAAAAUUUGGCAAUUUUAAUGAUGAUCAAUCCGAAGAAUUUGUUAAAGAACUUGAAAAAACUGGACGAUAUCAAACAGAAACAUGGGCAUAAAUUAUUUGUAAAUAAAUAAAUAAAUAAAAAUUAAUAUUUAUAUUCA